AUGUCUGUGGCAGCUCCCCCCUCUCGUGAAGAUAUCGUCAAAAGGAAGGGUUAUACUACGCCCUUCGAGUCCCAUACCGUCUUUCUCACAGGCAGCACGGGGUCGCUGGGAGGAUGUCUCCUCUACAAGCUGAUAUUGCAGUUGCCAACCCGCAAGAUAUUCAUUUUAAUCCGCGGCUCACCCGAAACGGCUAUUAAGAAGUGGGAAAGGGGGAUGCCAGAUCAGACGCAGGCCAUCCUCAACUCCAAGAAGGUACACUUCCUCGUUGGCGAUAUCACCAAACCAGAUUUCGGUAUGGGGGCUGGUGAUAUCCAGAAGUUACGCGAAGAAGUCACUCUAGUCAUCCAUACAGCAGCCACAAUCGUCCUGAACGCGAGCAUCCGGGAGUCAAUCGAGAAUAACUGUCUUCCUUCCCUCGAACUAGCACGGCUUGCUUCACAGUUCAGGCGCCUCAAGCUCUUCGUUCAAUUGUCGACUGCGUAUGCAAACAGUUUUCUUCCGGACGGCCACGUUGGAGAGAAGCUGUACGCCAUUUCUGACCAAAAUCCGGAUGAUGAGUUAGAUUCUGUCAUGUCCUCCGGUAUUUCCCCUCAUGCUCCCCGAUUUAGUUCGCCAUACGCCUACGCAAAGCACCUCAUGGAAAGGCUGCUGCUCAAACGAUACCCUCUUCUGCCCUUGUUGCUCGUGCGGCCGACAAUUUUCGGGGCUGCCCUGCGUCAUCCGUACCCCGUAUACGGGCCCGAGAAUUCAACUCCCCUGACCAAAUUCGCCAAGCUUUACCUGGGUGAUCAGGGGGGUACACAGGUUUGGCAUGCUGCGGAGGGAUACAAGACCGGUGCCAAUAUCCUGGACGAAAUCCCGGUGGACUUUGUUGCCAACGCUUGUCUCCUGCAUGCAGCCGCAAAAACACAGGGAAUCGUACAAAUCGGAUCUCAACUAUAUGUGCCGUUCACUUUCGAUGAAUUUCUGCAUAUCUUCGAGUCUAAUGCCCCGCCAGCGGCGAAAAAAGAAUUGCCCGAGAUCAUAUUCACAGAGGACCACAGUGCCCCGCAAACUCUCCUAGCUGAGUUGGUCAAAGUGGGCACGCGCAACUGGCAGUUCGAUUGCGGUCGGUCAUAUUGGUUGAAACAGAUGGCUGGUCCUUUGAGCUUGAGUGCAUCUAAACAUGAGGCAGAAGCUUUGAACGCCGCUCGAAUCCCGGACAUAUAUCGCAGGAGUGCCAUCAAGGCGGCAAAGCUUUAG